GUGCGUCAGACGCUCGGGCGCGGUGGCUGCUGGGGUUUGGCGCGGUCCUGUCUCUCUCCGGCCGCUAUCGCUAUGCCUGUGGCGAUGAGCCCGGCUGCCCCGGCCUUGCAGGAGGCGCUGGAGAACGCGGGCCGCAUCAUCGACCGGCAGAUCCAGGAUGAUCGCUGCUACCCGGACCUGUCCGAGCUGCUGGCUGUGCCGGCGCCGGGUAGUCCUACAGUUUCUGGAAUGUCAGAUAUGGAUUAUCCUUUGCAAGGACCUGGUUUGCUCUCAAUACCCAAUCUUCCAGAGAUCAGUUCAAUCCGCAGAGUCCCGCUUCCCCCUGAGCUAGUGGAACAAUUUGGACAUAUGCAAUGUAAUUGUAUGAUGGGAGUAUUUCCAGAUAUCAGCAGAGCAUGGUUGACCAUUGACAGUGACAUUUUUAUGUGGAAUUAUGAAGAUGGGGGAGACCUUGCUUAUUUUGAUGGUCUUAGUGAAACUAUUCUUGCUGUGGGUCUUGUGAAGCCAAAGGCAGGUAUUUUCCAGCCUCAUGUACGAUACCUACUGGUUCUGGCCACUCCUGUGGAUAUAGUGAUUCUAGGACUUAGCUAUGCUAAUUUGCAAGCAGGUUCUGGAGCCCUCAAUGACAGCAUGUCUGGAGGAAUGCAACUGCUUCCAGAUCCUCUCUAUUCACUCCCUACUGAUAAUACCUAUCUUCUAACCAUAACUUCCACUGAAAACGGCCGUAUCUUUUUGGCUGGAAAGGAUGGCUGUUUAUAUGAAGUAGCUUACCAGGCUGAGGCAGGCUGGUUUACUCAACGGUGUAGAAAGAUCAAUCAUUCAAAGAGCUCCCUUUCUUUCCUUGUUCCUUCAUUGCUGCAAUUCACAUUCUCAGAGGAUGAUCCCAUAGUUCAAAUUGCCAUUGACAAUUCUCGAAACAUCCUAUAUACCCGUUCAGAAAAAGGAGUGAUACAGGUUUAUGAUCUUGGCCAAGAUGGUCAAGGAAUGACCAGAGUUGCUUCUGUUUCUCAGAAUGCUAUUGUUUCUGCUGCUGGAAACAUUGCCAGGACUAUAGACCGUUCUGUUUUUAAGCCUAUUGUUCAGAUAGCAGUGAUUGAAAAUUCAGAAUCUAUAGAUUGUCAGUUGCUGGCAGUCACACAUGCUGGUGUACGAAUGUAUUUUAGUACAUCCCCAUUUAAGCAUCCAAUGGCUCGACCCUCCAUGUUAACGUUGGUUCACAUCCGCUUGCCUCCAGGAUUUUCCGCUUCUUCUAAUGUGGAGAAGCCAUCAAAGGUGCACAGAGCUCUUUAUAGCAAAGGUGUCCUGCUGAUGGCUGCUUCGGAAAAUGAGGAUAACGAUAUCUUGUGGUGUAUCAAUCAUGAUUCUUUCCCUUUCCAAAAACCAAUGAUGGAAACACAGAUGACCACACAUGUUGAUGGACAUUCAUGGGCUCUUUCUGCCAUAGAUGAGGUGAAAGUUCCAAAGAUUAUAACACCACUGAAUAAAGACCUUAUUCCAAUAACUGAUUCUCCUGUUGUCGUACAACAACACAUGCUGCCACCAAAGAAAUUUGUUCUGCUCUCAGCCCAGGGGAGCCUUAUGUUUCAUAAACUUAGACCUGUAGAUCAACUGCGACAUCUCCUAGUUUGCAAUGUAGGAGGUGAUGGAGAGGAGAUUGAAAGGUUUUUCAAGUUGCAUCAGGAGGACCAGGCCUGUGCCACUUGUCUUAUCCUUGCUUGCUCUCCUGCUGCUUGUGAUAGAGAAGUGUCUGCCUGGGCUACCCGAGCAUUUUUCAGGUAUGGCGGAGAAGCACAGAUGCGAUUUCCAUCAGCUUUGCCUCCUCCAAGCAACCUAGGACCAAUUUUGGGUUCUCCUGUUCCUGCUAGUUCCCCUAUGCCUAUUGGCAGUCCCUAUCCUAAUCCAAGCUUUUUGACAACACCAGCACAAGGUUUGCACCCUCCUAGUAUGUCAACCCCAAUGUUUGCUGCAGGCAGUUCAGUGUCUCAGGCUGGUGCAUCCAUGAGUGGUAUGAUGGGCCCAGAGAUAGUGUUUUCCGGAAAACACAAUGGCAUCUGCAUAUACUUCUCUCGAAUUAUAGGAAAUAUUUGGGAUGGCAGUAUAGUUGUUGAGAAAGUUUUCAAGAGUGGUAACCGAGAAGUUGUUGCAAUUGAAAGCAGUGUUCCAUCGCACAUGCUAGAAUCCGUGUUACAAGAACUAAAAGGCUUACAGGAAUUUCUGGACCGAAAUUCACAGUUUGCAACAGUAGGAGCUCUUGGAAACCCAAGUUUUAGCACCCCCGCUAACCUGCAGCAGAGGUUACUAGGGUUCAUGCGGCCUGAUGGUGGAAGUUCUCAGCAAGUGCAACAAGAGCUCCAGAGGAAGUUCCAUGCAGAGGCACAGUUAACAGAGAAGACCUCGCUUCAAGGGAUCCAGCAGCUUGUUCACAAAACUUGCCAGGCUUUAGCUUUGUGGAAACUUCUCUGUGAGCACCAAUUCAAUGUUGUUGUAGGUGAGCUUCAGAAGGAAUUUCAAGAGCAUUUGAAGAUUACUACUUUCAAAGACUUAGUAAUUAGAGACAAAGAGUUAACUGGAGCACUCAUUGCCUCUCUCAUUAACUGUUACAUCAGAGAUAAUGCUGCUGUGGAUGGCAUCAGUUCACAUUUACAAGACAUAUGUCCACUUCUGUACAGUACUGAUGAUGCUGUCUGUUCCAAGGCAAAUGAAUUGCUUCAGCGGUCCCGACAGGUUCAGAGCAAAUUGGAAAAAGAGAAGAUGCUAAGAGAAUCAUUGAAGGAGUACCAAAAGAUCAGCAAUCAAGUGGACCUUUCUAAUGUCUGUGUACAAUAUAGACAAGUGCGUUUCUAUGAGGGUGUGGUGGAACUGUCUCUUACUGCUGCUGAGAAGAAGGAUCCUCAAGGUCUUGGACUUCAUUUCUACAAAAAUGGAGAACCUGAUGAGGAUAUUGUUGGACUCCAGGCUUUCCAGGAGAGGUUAAACAGUUACAAAUGCAUCACUGACACCCUUCAGGAGCUGGUAAAUCAAAGUAAAGCUGCUCCUCAGUCUCCCAGUGUACCCAAAAAGCCAGGUCCUCCAGUGUUGUCAUCUGAUCCCAAUAUGCUGAGUAAUGAAGAAGCGGGACAGCAUUUUGAACAAAUGCUAAAAUUGGCUCAGCGUUCAACAGAUGAACUCUUCUCUAUUGCUCUCUACAACUGGCUGAUACAAGCUGACCUUGCAGAUAAACUGCUACAGAUUACCUCCCCAUUUCUGGAGCCAUAUCUGGUGCGUAUGGCCAAGGUUGAUCAAAACAAAGUCCGUUAUAUGGAUUUACUGUGGCGAUACUUUGAGAAGAACAGGAACUUCAGUAAUGCAGCCAGAGUGUUGGCUAAAUUGGCAGACAUGCAUAGCACCGAAAUUCCACUUCAGCAGCGUCUUGAAUAUAUUGCACGUGCCAUUUUGAGUGCCAAGAGUUCCACUGCCAUUUCAUCGAUAGCUUCAGAUGGUGAAUUCCUACAUGAACUAGAAGAGAAAAUGGAAGUGGCUAGGAUACAGCUACAAAUAGAGGAAACAUUACAGCGGCAAUAUUUCCAUCAUUCUUCAGUACAAGAUGCAAUUUCCCAGUUGGAUUCUGAGCUGAUGGACAUCACCAAGCUGUAUGGUGAAUUCGCUGACCCUUUCAAACUCUCAGAAUGUAAGCUUGCAAUUAUACAUUGUGCAGGUCAUUCAGACCCUAUUUUGGUGCAGACUCUUUGGCAAGAAAUAAUUGAGAAAGAGUUGAGUGACAGUGUGACUCUGAGCCCAGCUGACAGAAUGCAAGCUCUUAGUCUAAAGAUGGUAUUGCUUGGAAAGAUAUAUGCUGGGACACCUCGUUAUUUUCCUUUAGAUUUCUUAGUGCAGUUUCUAGAGCAACAAGUUUGUUCUUUGAACUGGGAUGUGGGAUUCGUGACAUACACUAUGCGGGAAAUUGGAGUGCCACUAUCUAGGCUACUUGAAGUGUAUGACCAGUUGUUCAAAGCACGGGACCCAUACUGGAAUAGAAUGAAAAAGCCUUUACACCUUUUGGAAUGUAUUCAUGUAUUAUUAUCGGGAUACGUACAAGACCCCAACAAAGUGCUUAACUUUGAGAGACGACGAUUCACAAAUGUAUGUUUGGAUGCUGUCAGUUGCUACCUUGUUGAACUUCAAUCUAUGAGCCCUACACUAACAGUGCAGACCACUAUUGGGAAUUUUAAAUCCCUACAGGCUAAAUUAGAACGGCUUCAUUGACUAAUAUGAUAAAGAACUGUUAAUCCAGAGAAAAUGAAUUGUUAAAUGGAAGCUCAGAUGUCUGCACUGGAAUCUGGAAGAACAAAUGCUCAGAAGGAAGUAGGGAAAAAUUAAAGUUCCUGCUGCAAUUGAUUAUUUGUGUGUUCUAGGCUCUUACUAAUCUACAGUUAUCUACCAAUAGUAGAAUGUAUAUUUGCCAAAUUAUUAAUUUCUUUUGCUACCACCCCAUUUUUCUAACAAUGGAAAACUUUUUAUACUGCUGAAAUAAGAUACUUUGUAUAAUUGCUCCCUUGAGGAUUAAAUGUAUUUGGAAAACUUUUUUUUUCUUUUACUAAACAUAACGUACGUAAUGCAGUGGAGGAAGUAGUGGGAUGCAAUAUCAAAAGUGAUCAUACAGUAUGUUCUUUGUAGCUUAUUGACAAAUAUGAAAAACAUGAAGAGAAGGUACUGGCACGCGGCAAGAAGAAGAGAAUUACAAAUUGGAGAAAAGUUGUCUAGCUGGCCUCAGACCUGGUUAGACCUAGGGUUAGCAACACAAUCUUAAAACUAUCUCUGUACAUGAUCAAGUAUAAUGGCUAACCUUUUGAUAAAGACAAUAUGUUCCAUGCCUACUAUUGGCACAAAAAUUGCCACCAUAAUAGAAUUAUUAGGACUAUAUUUCAGAAACUAACGACAUUUGCUUGAUCUGGAUUUGGAAAAAAAAAUACAUUAGAAGCCCAGCAAACAUUGUGUCCCAUCUUUUUCCUUAGUAUAAGUUAUGAUUUGUUCAACUCUUAAUUUUUACCUGGAAAACCCAUAAUGUGUAAAAGGGCUACAUUCUAGAAAAACAUAACAUUUCCACCACAUAUACUUUUGAGUGCCAGUCUGCCUACAUUCCUAAACAGGACAAAAUUGAAGAAUCCUGCAUAGUUAUUUCCUAGGAUCAAUGUAUGUAAGAUAUCUCCUAGCUUGCUCCAGUCAUCGAGACCUAUGGCCACUUUUAAAUGUUUCAUUUUUGUUCUAUAAACAGUUACCAGAGAGACAAGGUGGGUGAGGUAAUAUCUUUUAUUGGACCAACUUCGGUUGAUGAGAGAGACAUGCAUUUGAACUGCACAGAGCUCUUCUUCAGCUCAGUAUAGCUCAAAGCUUUUCUCUUUCACCAACAGAAGUUGGUCCAAUAAAAGAUAUUAUCUCACCCACCUUGUCACUCUAAUAUCCUGAGACCAACACAGCUACAGCAGCAGUGCAAACUACAAACAGAUGUGCAUCCAUAUUAAACAUACCCAGAUCUUGCAGUAACAGAUCUUGCAUAAACCAUACACUGGAAAUCACCUCUGUCCCCACACUAUGUUGUCAGAUCCAUCUGCAUUUUUAGUCUUCCUUGAGGAAUUUCACUUUUUGAUGACUUGCUGACCAAAAAGACUUUUCCUUGGUAUUGUACUUUUCCAGGCCUGGAUUAUCCAGGAGAAGUAUUGCAGUUGGCACAAAUCUCAACCUUCUAUCUACUCUAGAAGAGAAGAAUUACUGGUUCAGUCACCCAUACAAAGGAAAACACUUCCUAAAUACCAAUGUAUAGCCUUUAGAUCUUAAAUAUACUUAAUUACUGGGUGAUAUUUAGCAUGCCCCAAAACUUAAUUUAUUCAGAGAAGACCUCUGGACCUUUUCCCCCUCAAAUCACCGAGUACACUCAGGAUUCUAGUUUCUCUGUCCCACCAAAACAUGCUGCUCUUCAUCCAGUAAGUAAGCUUGGGUAGGUCUAGCCUCCAACUUUAGCUGUAGGCCAAAAUAAAAUGGACGUUUUAAUCCUGGUUUUCCUCCCAGACCAUAUAAAUGUGGAAAUACCUCACAAACUCUUAUAAAUAUGUUGGGUUACUAUGUGAACUGGGAAGUAUUGGAAAAAGAUACAUCAGCCCAACAACAGCACUGUUUCAUUUAAGGCUAAUCUUAAUUCCCUUCUGCAAAAGAGACAGAAAUGUUAAUUUUCUGCAGCUCUCUAUGGUCCGGCAUUUUGUAUAUUUGUCCCCGUUAUUUCAAUAAACAUGCUGUCAAUAUUUUUUAAA